ACAAUUAUUUAUUGCAGUUUUUUGUUUACGUAAUUAAGAUGUUGUUUUUCAUGUUCUUUUGUGUAUUUUUGGCUGUGUCUGUGGACUGUCGAGUGGUACCAGGUUUGAAUCUGGAUUAUUUUAGUGAAUAUGGCUCCAACUGUGUAAACUAUCUGAUUGCGGAACCAGGAGUGUGUUUAAAAUAUGAGGAAUGUGAAACGGUGAAGGUUGACGAGAAAUUCAAUAUUAAACCACAGAUUUGUCCGACCAAUGAAACAUUGGGAUUAAAUUUAGUAUGUUGUCAUGAAAAACCCAUACACGCCAAAAUCGAUUACAGUUUGUUAGAUAAUUACACAGAUGUCGACAUCUGUUUCAUUUCUCAACCUAUUUAUCGGGAGCCUAAAGAACCAAUACCGAGAGGAAAACGCGCUUGGGAGAUGUGUUUAGAGUAUCAAGAAGUUAGCAUUAAAGCGAGACAGUUGCAUGAGUUGAAGGUUUUAGCUGGUGUGGGAGGCGUCAAUGCUAGAUUGAGGGAGUUUCCACAUAUGGUACUACUAGGCUACGGGAAGAACUUUUCUAAAGCCGAGUUCAAUUGUGGUGGAUCUGUUAUCAGCGAUCGAUAUGUGCUGACUGCUGCCCAUUGCAGAUAUUCUCCUGGCGUAGGAUUCGUAACAUUUGCUGUAAUUGGAAUACUAGACAGAUAUGAAACUCCAGCGGAACAGGACAUAUAUGGGGUGAAGAAAAUCAUAAAACAUCCAAUGUACAAGCCCCCUAAGAAAUACCAUGAUAUAGCAUUAUUGGAGAUGGAUAGACGGGUGAUAUUUGACAUUCACGUGAUGCCUGCGUGUUUGCACGUUGGUGACCCAGUAGAUGACAGCGAGGCGUACGCCACCGGCUGGGGUUAUCUCGGGCAAGCCAAGGAGUUGGCUACAGUCCUUCAAAAGAUUCCCUUGUGGCAGGUUUCCAACGACACUUGCAUACAAAAGUUCUCGCCUUACAGACGCCAUCUACCAAACGGUAUUGAUGACGCGUCGCAGAUGUGUUACGGAGACGACGGUGAACCGAGAGACACUUGUGAGGGAGACAGCGGUGGCCCGCUCCAAAUAAUGAGCAAAAAGAUCUACUGCAUGUAUGUUAUACUCGGCGUGACGUCAUUCGGCAUCACAGCCUGCGGUGAAAUAGGUUACCCUGGAGUGUACACCAGGGUGUCGAACUAUGUACCCUGGAUAGAGAGCAUUGUGUGGCCGUAAAACCUUCGCUCUCUGAGUGACAUAAGUAGAAAGGACCUGGUGAUGCUAUGUUGAUUAAUAUGGAAGAGCAGAGUAUAAAUAGAAAUACCAGUCGAGUAUUGAUUUCACAAUUAUAUGCAUAUCAUCACCUUGCAUCAAAUAUACCUCUUAGAAGAACGUGAAAACGUUUUCUUAACUUAAAACAAAACGCGGGCUCAGAAUUGAGCCUUGGGGGACACCGAGUUUAAAAAACAGUCUGGUGAACGUAUUACAGCAAACACUAAAUUUACCGUUGUUAUUGGAAUCUUUAAAUCAUAAAAUAAAUGUAUAAAAUUAA